GGCGGGCUGUUCGCCGGGCAGAGAGCGCAUGCGCAGAGGAAUAGGAACGUGGAGAGCAGAGAGGCGGCAAUCCAGAUGACAGUGAACACCACUUCCCUCUGUUUCCAAAACAAGGCCAUAUUGGCUCCAAUGGUGCGGGUGGGGACCCUGCCAAUGCGGCUCCUGGCUCUGGAUUAUGGUGCUGAUAUUGUUUACUGUGAGGAAUUGAUUGACAUAAAGAUGGUUCAAUGCAAGAGGAUUGUGAAUGAAGUGCUUGGAACAGUCGACUUCGUUGCUCCCAAUGAAAGAGUGGUGUUUAGGACCUGUGAAAAGGAAAAAGACAGUGUUGUCUUUCAGAUGGGGACGGCAGAUGCUGAGAGGGCCUUAGCAGUAGCCAAACUUGUAGAAAAUGAUGUGGCUGGCAUUGAUGUCAACAUGGGAUGCCCCAAAGAAUAUUCCACAAAGGGAGGCAUGGGGGCUGCGUUGCUAUCUCAUCCUGAUAAAAUAGAAUCAAUUCUAACAACGCUUGUCAAAGGAGUUUGUAAGCCUGUGACCUGCAAAAUCCGGAUCCUGCCAACGAAAGAAGAAACAAUCAGUUUGGUCAAGAGGAUAGAACGUACUGGAGUUGCUGCUAUUGCCGUUCAUGGAAGGAAGAAAGAAGAGAGGCCUCAGCAUUCCGUCCACUGUGAUGUGAUCAAAGCGAUCUCCGAAACAGUCUCUAUUCCAGUAAUAGCCAAUGGCGGAUCCCACGACUUCAUUAAAGAACAUUCUGAUAUCGAGGCCUUCAGGGAAGCGACCGGGGCAUCGUCAGUGAUGGUGGCCCGUGCUGCCAUGUGGAACCCCUCUGUCUUCAGGAAGGAAGGUCCAUGCCUCUUGAAGGACGUCAUGCGGGAGUAUAUCAAAUAUGCAGUCAGAUACGACAAUCAUUACACCAACACAAAAUACUGUUUGUGCCAGAUGUUAAGGGAACAGUUAGAAAACGCACAAGGGAAGAAGCUCCAUGCUGCUCAGUCCAUGCAAGAAAUCUGUGAAGUCUUUGAGAUGGGCAGUUUCUACGAAGAAACAACAGCUCUUCUGGAAGGGAAAAAAGUGUCGCUGGAAGCCAAGGACCAAAGUGAAGAGGACCAAAUAGAAGACACAGGCGUGAUAAAAAUGGCGGUUAGAUUUGAUAAGCGAGAAUAUCCCCCGCAGAUCACACCCAAAAUGCAUCUUUUGGAAUGGUGUAGGAAAGAGAAGCUCCCUCAACCGGUUUACGAGACGAUCGAAAGGCCACGGGACAGACUCUUCUGUUCUGUGGUCACUGUAGCAGAACAAAAGUACAGCUCAACGUUAUGGGAGAAGUCCAAAAAGUUAGCGGAACAAGCGGCGGCCGUGGCCUGUCUCAGGGCGCUUGGCCUCCCAGAGGGGAAACUGAGCGAAGAGGCAAAUCACUUGGGCAACAAACGCAAAAGGCAAGACCAGGAAGUUUUGAACAAUGGAGACCAUGGAAACAGCUUGGAAACAGAAGCCAGUUGUAAGAAACCUCAUUUUCCUCCAGAAGUGUGUAACUCCAGCAUUUCCUAAGUGCCACAGAAGAGUGGAAAUAGACAUUUUACAUCUAUGCAGCAGUUUAUCAUAUGUUCUACAGUUGAUGGUGGUGGUGAUGGAAUGGUUAAUGUGAGUAUUAGUUCUAGAGGG